AUGCUGAUUGCUCUCUGUUGCAUUCCUUAAAUCCAAAGACAAGGAAAAUAUUAUUGCAUUAACAUUUAUAUUUUGGUCUAGACGAAAAAACAAAACAGCUUGUGAUUAUUUACAUAGUAUUUCUACAAUACUUUAUAACCGAAAAUAAUAAAAAAAGCUGUAUAAAAUGGAUGAAGAGUUAGAGGGUGGAUUGGUUGAAGACGACUUCAUUAUACCACCGGUGAAGUAUGAAUAUCUGGACCAUACAGCAGAUGUGCAAUUGCAUGCAUGGGGUGAUACAUUAAAAGAAUCUUUCGAGCAGUGUGGAAUGGCGAUGUUUGCAUACAUGACAGAAAUGGAUUACGUGCAGAUAAAGGAAGUACACACAAUUGAAGCAAAUGCUGAUGAUUUAAUGGGCCUCCUGUACCAUUUCCUCGAUGAAUUGCUUUAUCUAUUUUCCGUCGAACCAUUUCUUAUUUGCAAAAAGUUAGUGAUCACAGAGUUCAAUACGGAGGAGUUUAGGAUAGUUUGCAAGUGCUUAGGCGAAGAGUUCCAGAUUGGUAAACAUCCACAAGGAACAGAAGUUAAGGCUAUUACGUAUUCGGCUAUGCAAAUCAUAGAUCAACCUAAGGAUAAUAAAUACGAAGUGUUUGUAAUUAUUGAUAUUUAAUUAAUAUAUUAUUUUAACAAUA